GUAACAAUUUGAUAAAUGUCUUACUCAUAUAGGCAACAGUUUGAUAAACAGAAAAAUUUACAGUUCGAUACUGCCAUGGCAGCCUUGCAGUACUACACAUGCUUGACGCUUUUUGGAAUACUUCUGCUAGCCAUGGUUGCCCGAGCACAAGAUUAUGGCCUUGAAGAAAAUGUUAAAGAACUCGUAGCGAGAAGAAAGAGCUUGGAAUUUAUGAAACAGUUGGUUGAAGACAUAGACGAUCAGUUGAACAGGCUGCACAAACGUUCAUGCACGAUGCACUUACCUGGUUUGGGGUGUGUUUAUGAAGACCAGGCUAAAAAAGCCAAGGACAAAGAAGUUUGGAUUAAAGAGGAUUCUCCUGGAAAGAAAAGAAGUUACUACAGUUGCGGAUUCAAAGUAGGCAAUCCUGAAGGUUGUUUGGGAAAGUUAGCAGAUGGUGAUAAUAAAGAUACUUCUCACUGGGAAGACCCUGAUAGCCCAGGCAAGAAAUAAAUUCUAAGAAAUAAUCGCCGAAAAGGGCAAAGAGGACAAAAACCGGACUGGAACAGAUUUCAUAAUAUGUUUUGCUACUUCUGCUUCGUAGACUACUGCUCCUAAGAAUUUCAUCGCUUCCUGUUUGCCAAAAUUUUAAAUUUGUAUAAAUGCUUCAUAGCUUAAUUUCCAUAAAAUAUUGGAUAUGGUGCAAUAAACUGGAAAAAUAUUUUUUUUGUGUGUCGUCAUAUGCCUAAUUCAAUGCUCACUUUUAAAAUUACAUAAUAAAUAUCGUUUGCGGUGAUCCCUGCACUCAAAAUGUAUAUAUUUUAUUUUGUGGACAUUGAAUGAAAUAAAGUGAUUCGUUGAAAUUUGU